AUGACGUCGUUCCCCAAGAAGAAGUGCGGUGUUCUUGGUGCCACAGGCUCCGUAGGCCAGAGAUUUAUUCUUUUGCUUGCAGAGCACCCUUUCCUUGAGCUACAUGCCAUUGGUGCCUCGGAACGCUCUGCGGGGAAGAAAUACAAGGACGCAGUACGAUGGAAGCAAAGUAUGCCCAUGUCUGAGAAGCUCAGCAAUCUCGUCCUGCGCGAUUGCAGGGCCGAGAAGUUCAGUGACUGCGAUCUCGUGUUCUCCGGUCUAAACAGCGACGUAGCCGGUGACCUUGAAAUGGAAUUCAUCAAGGCCGAUAUUCCUGUCUUCUCGAACGCUAAGAACUACCGCAAACACCCCGCUGUCCCUCUCAUCGUUCCUACCGUCAACCCCAGUCACCUUGACCUUAUUCCUCACCAGCGAAAGCACUUCGGAUUGAACAAGGGAUUCUUAGUCUGCAACUCCAACUGCGCUGUCAUUGGAAUUGUCAUCCCCUUUGCGGCUCUUCAGGCCAAGUUCGGACCUGUGGAGGAGGUGGAGGUCUUCACAGAGCAAGCCGUGUCUGGAGCUGGCUACCCGGGCGUUCCUAGCAUGGAUAUCAUGGAUAACGUUAUUCCAUUCAUUAGCGGCGAGGAGGACAAACUUGAGAACGAGGCCCAAAAAAUCCUUGGCUCCUUGUCAGCAGAUGCCACUGCUUUCGAAGAGCAACAGGGACUCAGGAUUGGAGCCACCUGCACAAGAGUUGGCGUCACGGAUGGCCACAUGGCGUUCGUUUCUUUGCGCUUCAAAAACCGCCCGGGUCCCAGCGCUGAACAAGUGGUGCAAGCCAUGAGGGAGUAUCAGUCGGAAGCCCAGAAGCUUGGGUGCCCAUCUGCGCCGGCACAGGCCAUCAAAGUGUUUGAUGAGCCCGAUAGGCCGCAACCCAGACUCGACCGAGACAUCAACAGAGGAUACACGGUCAGCGUGGGACGAGUACGCGAAGGUAACCAGGGUGGUUAUUUCGAUAUCCGAUUCGCCGCUCUCUCACACAACACUGUCCUCGGUGCUGCUGGAUCUUCGAUUCUCAACGCCGAGGUUGCAGUCAUCAAAGGAUACAUUUAG